AUGGGAUGUCCGCAUUCCUCGUCCCAAGAACUAAAAGACUGGGCCGGAGUCGAAAGCAUUUUACAGAAAUUUACUAAAGGAAGGUAUAAUCCCCUGGAUCUACAAUGUGUUCAAAGUUUGGCUGUGGAUUGUGAGAACUUUCGGGUUAUUCUGGCCGAAGACGGGAAGCAAGUGUUGACCGUGAGUGAAAAGAAAGGAAUGAGCAAACAAAUGAUUGGAAAAAAAGUUUUAUUUGUUGACAGGUACUCGGCAACCAUUGGCCAUGACCAAGAGACUGUAAUCGAGGACGACUCCAAUCACCGGGACCUCUGCAUUGUGUCGGGUGGGAGCAGUACACUUGACAGGAUAUUUGAUUUUCUCCAUCUAGCGCUGGAUGACACGAGAAAAACCCUCGCAAAAGACUCUCCACGAUACACCGGACCCUCCGUCUUCGAUGAAUCCACUGUCAGAGAGCAAAGCAGCGAUGAUGAGGAUCUUGCGGGUUCUAUAAUUGAAUCCACGUCUGCCCUUGAAGGCCAGAAUCUGCUCCAUGGUCCCAAUGUGUCCAUUCUAGCAACGUCAGAACCAGCUUCCUCGACUAAUCUCGGAUCGUGGACCAAGGACGCUACCGCAGGCAGUGAUAAGAUCAACCCCGAACUCAUCUCCGCCUUGAAAGAUUUCACCAUCGAAUACCGAGAUCCUAUUUUGCCGUGCAAGUCCAUUCUAUUGCCCAGAGAUCCCGUUUUUUCUGGGCGCGAGGACACGCUAGCAAGCAUUCGGCAGACCCUUGUAGUCUCUGCACAAGAGUCUGAAAAUGGGUCCAAUGGCUCUCUUGGCGAGAUAAUCCCGUCGCUUAACGUUUACUCUCUCUGUGGUCCAGGUGGAAUGGGGAAAACUUCCAUCGCCAACGAAUUUGUUCACAGGUAUGAGAAGGACUUCGACGCUGUUUUUUGGGUUGCAGCAGACGAGGAGAGCAAACUCUUUAACGGCUUUCGAGAGAUCGCUCUAAAGCUCGGCAUCAUUUCAAACACUGAUGGCAAAGAUCUGCCAGCAAUCCGAGAGAUGCUCUUAGCAUGGCUUGCCAACCCUCUCAGGUCAUAUGAGCAUAUGGACCACGUGAAACCAGAAAGAGCAUCUUGGCUCAUCGUGUUCGAUAACGUAGAUCGCGCUGAUACACUUGAGGAAUUUUGGCCAAAAGACGCUGCCGGUUCAGUUCUGGUUACCUGUCGGGACCCAUUGAUCAAAAGCUCCAUCUAUUUGAGGAACACUGGAAGCAUUGUUCCCGAGCUACUGGAAGAAGAGGGGAUAACUCUACUGCUUCGGCUCACUAAUCGUGAGAGCGAUGAGGAUGAUGUAAUGCAGGCGCCUAGGGUUGUUCAAGCCUUAGGCAGAUAUCCCCUUGCCAUUGCGCAAAUGUCUGGAGUCAUACUAGCUCGAGACCUCGGCUUUAACGAAUUCCUUGAGUUAUAUUCUGAGGAGACAGAACGACGAGAGAUUCUUGGAAUCUCAGAAGGACAAUCAGCUUCUCUUCGCAGAUACAAUCAGACGCUUGGUACUGUCUGGAACCUGGAUGACUUGAAAGAGGGCAGGGCCCUACUAGAAGUCAUAUCAUUCCUCGAUCCAGACAGUAUCCCAGAAUCGCUUUUAGAAAAGAACCCGGCAUGCAUGGAUUGGGAUCGCUAUCCCAAAACCUCAUUGGAAUACUCAAAGGCUCGUGCCGAGCUACUUUCUAGGUCGCUAAUUUACAGAAAUCGGGGCAAAAAGACCUUACGUGUCCACCGGUUGAUACAAGAUACUGUGAGGACUCAAAUGAAUGAUGCAACAUUCAACGAGGUAUACUCAAAAGUGCUGGACAUGCUUGGUGCUCGUUGGCCGAAGGUUUUCAAAGGCUUCGGGAAUGUACAAACGGACUGGCAACAAAACUCGGAGCUCUGGGCCCACGUUCUCUCACUGUUCAAGUAUCGGGAUCGUUUUAGCCCGGGCGCUGCUUACCUCGCUACUGCGAUCAAGCGGAUGCACUUUGCCCUAGAUGUCUUGAUAUUUAGCAUUUCAGAUUCUCGAUUCAGCGCUUCGCCGAUAAUCCUGUCCUUUUUCAGUUUCUUGAGAGACGCAGUGAGCGGAGAGGACCCAAGUCAUGAGCUGCAAAUGAUUGAUGCUACUUUCCACUACUGCCGAGGAGAACUCGGUUUGCAUAUCAACCACCGUGAACAUCCUUUGCCCGAUUUCAGCCAAUGCGUCAAAAAGCUGGAUACAUUACUAGGCGACGAUGCCAAGAAAGCUGAUUCAUUCUUUGGGGUCGCAGUGAACGAGCUCGGUUGUGCCUACUUGAUGAAUUGGAAGAACGAUGAGGGUCUGGUUGAAUUCGAGAGAUCACUCACUAUUCUCCAGAACCUGAGCCAACCUUCAGCACAGGAGAUUACUAUGGCCCAAAUCAAUGUGGGAUUUGUUUAUGGUUACCUUGGACGGUAUGAUGAAGCUUUGCAGAUAUUCGAGGUUGCCUUGAAGGAGCGUCAUACAAAGCUAGGUCAGGAUGACUAUUCCUCCUUUGUGAAUGGAAAAUUGUACAUGGGCUGGGGGAAUGUUCUGGCUGCACAGGGUCGGCUUGACGACAGCUUCAAAUUACACGUCAAAUGUCUGGAGCAUUACAAACGUUCGGUUGGCAAUUCUCACCAUCGAACUGGUGACGGGUGUGUAAAGGCUUCAGAUCAUUUUGCUCGCACGGGAGACGGCCCUACAGCGUUAGCGCUGCUUGACCAAGCCCUCAAGAUCUUCAACCUUGACACUUAUCACAGACCCGAAGCUGCCAGAGCUCACUACAAAAAGGGAAAUGUCAUGAAGCAGAUGGACCAAGAAGACGAAGCCAACAAGGAAAUGGACACGGCUCUCGACAUCUUUAACAGUUUUGUUUCCCCUGAGGACCGUGCUAGAAGCAUCGAUGAGUUAGACGACGAGGACUUUGAUCAUUGGAUCAUGUUUUGGUCUCGUUAG